UUGCGCGGCGGCGAACGACCACUUCGGGGUCCGCCGGGCGAUUCUAAUCCCGUUCCCGGCGUUGCCGCAGCCGCUCUCGUUUGGAAAAAGGAAAGAAAGAAAUCCGCCCUGCGUGUGGGCCCCGCUGGGUUCGGGGGUGCGACGGGGGCAUCCGAGAGCAAAACACAGGGCGCGGACGUGGAGGGGCGACCUCGCGGGCAGGGGAGGCCCGCGGGGAGACCUUGGGCAAACCAACCCCAGAUGAGAACACAGCGCGCAGAGGCCGUUGUGAGCGCGCGGCGGCGGCGGCGGGCGCUGGAAGCGGCUCCGAAGACCACGUUUGAAAUAUGGAUCCCGGGGGCGCAAAUGGCCAGACCGGCAGGAGCCCCGCGACCCAGCCUGUGGCUGGGGGUCGCGUGGGCUUCUCCAGGCUGGCGGGGGCGGGGGGGCUGCCCUGACGUGGGGAGGGGUUGGGCCCGCGGUCGUCGUAGAACACUGCCCGUCGCGCUCCUGCGCCUGCGACCCCCGCGGGCCGCCACGCCGAGGCGAGGCCCCGCGGGCGCCAGAGUGGCCCCGGGAAUGCCCAGGACCUGCCGGGGGGCCACGACCUGGCGGCGUGCCGGGCCCAUUGCCCCGCCCGCGCGCCCUACCGGACCCUCCCACCUGGCGCCCCAGCUUCAGCCCCGAGCAGCCCGCUGCGGAGGGACGCCCGGGCGUCAGGGGCUUCGCCACCCGAAUGAAAGGCGACCUUUCGCGGGCGGUGUCACAAAGAGCGCACACAUGGGGGUGAGGACACAGAGGGCGGAGGGGCGCCCUUAGGAACAAAGCCGUCCCUCCGAAGGGUGCGGGGGACGGAGUGCAGGGCUCCCACACCGCCUCCCGGCUCUUCUCCUCCUACCCCCCACGCACAGUCCCGCCAGGUCAGCCACCGCUCAAAAUGCGAAAUUACAAACGCCAGUGCUGACGUCAGAGACAAGUUCCCCAACUAAGAGCAGAGGAGAGAAAUGAGCCCUUGUUAAAGCCCGGGUAGAUUCUGCAGUCGUUAUGCUAGUAAAUUCUCCUUGGCUGUCGGAAACCCACCUCCGGGGACCUAGAAAGCCACACCAGCUCGAGAGCUUCGCUAGUCUAGGACUGGCCCGGGAAGUCACAGGCGGUCCCUUCCGGGCAGAACUCAGACCUGGGGCUCGUGGGCGGGAGCUGGUAACUCCGUGCAGGGAGUCCAUUGACGGAGAAGACUUGCAGAGUCGUUGAUUUCCCUGGGUUGGGGUGGCUCAGGCCCCAUCAGGGACCCAGAAUCGCAUCACCCUCUGGCCCAGGGCCAUUAGAGUCUCUGGCUUCCCGGGGUCUAGUCUUUCGACCCUCUCCCCUCCACGAGGGAGGCUGCGGCUCGGGCAGACAGCAUCGCUCCUCACUUGGGGCCCCUGAGGGCCCCUGGGGGCCCCAGCCUGAGGGGGCACCCAGAAGGCUUCUGCCCCUCAGCGGAACCCAGGGGCGCAAUCCGUCCUGGCUGGAAGGAGGCAGCGCCAAAUGCGCGGAUCAGCGACCCUUCUCCGGGGUUCCCCAGGGGCUCGGGAUAUCCCGGGUCGGAGGCAGGGGCCCCAGCUGAAGGCUCUGGGAAUCCCGAGUUUAGGCUCCACUCGCCUUCAGUUCCCUCAGAUGGGUCAGUACCGGGUAGAAUGGUAGUGGAGCCCAUCGGGGAGGCUUCCCUGGAGGGGCUCCCGGGACGCCUCAGGGGGGCUUCCAGGGCACUCCCCGCUCCAGCCGGCACCCCCAGAUUCUGUCUUUGCCUCCUCCACGCAGCCCAUUGGUGCUUCCGCGGACCUGGGCUCCUCCCCACACCCGCUGGCAGAUGAGGGGUGGUCUAGGGCCAGGCCAAGGUGAGGCUGGGGCUCUAGGACUCGGCCUCUCUCCAUAUCCGCCCCCCCCCCAGGACAAAGUUAGUAACCGCGCGAAGGGCGAGUCGCCGUGUUCUGCCGGCGCCUGUGUAUUUCGGUCACUUGGUGCAGAGAGGCCUAGAGCGGGGGUGGCCGCGGGCUCCCGGGGGUUCUGAGGACCUUGGGGGAGUCCCCGCCCGCCGUCGGGGGCACUUGGCGGCCGCUCGCACGACCACACGGGCAACUACAGAAAAGAUCCGCUGUACUGGCUGGCGAGAGCCACCCUCCUCCCCAGAUCGGCCACACGCCCAGCCCGGCUCGUGCGCAAAGUCGCCGACGGGGUACCGCGUGCGGCCGCGUGGCCCCCGAGGUCCCGAGCGCGGGCCGGGGAGGUGCGGGGGCAGAGGGAGCCGGCCGCGCAGGGCGGAGUCCAACGCCCCUGGCGGCGCAGAGGCUGCAGCAGCCCGACCAGGAUGGCGCGGAAACACCCACUAGAGACAGAUUUUCCAGGGGAUUUUCUAGUGAGGGGGCCGGCGAAGUGUCGGGAAGCUCAGCCCCUCCCGGGACGAUGGGGCUGUCCGGGACAAGGUCGCUGCAGACCUCGCACAGACUGAAAGCGCCUAUGGCCUGGCGGUUGGCUCUACGUGUAAGGGUGACUGUUGUGCUGACAGCGUUUCCCGCGCCAGCCUCGGGGUCCCUGCCCCCUCGGCAGUUAAGUUGCCCCACCUGAGAGCUCUCCCCCCCACCCCCGGCCAAGAGUGUCAGGAUAAAAGCCCAAAACACAGGAGAAAGACGUUCUCCCUGUGUCCCCCCUCCCCCAAACUCCGCCUACCCCAGUUUCUAUAAACCCCGAGAGCCCCCCCUCCGACCCGAGCGAGGACUACAGGCAGGCGUCGGCCCCAUUUAGCCCCAGCCGGCCCCCCACCCCACCCCGACUCCUCCAAGAAUCUUGGGUCUGUGCCUCGAGCCUGUCGGAGAGCAGUCACUGCAGACCGAGACCCUCUCUCGUGCCGCCCGAGGCGACCCCCCACUCCCAGAACCGCUCGAAGGGAGGAGCCACGCUAGUCGUCGCCGGCAGCGGCCGAGCUGGAACAGAAACGGCCACCGCCGCGGGAGCUGCGAGGUGGCGGUGGAACGGUGGAGUCAACGCGUGCGUCCUUAAACACCAGACUGUCUCCAGGCUUCUCCUGGAUUCCCGGGAGAACGCGAGCCCCGAGCAUGCUUUGGGGGUUCGCUUCGGCCCCUCUGCCCUCCCUGGGUCUCUCAAGGCCCCGCGCGGUCCCCACCCAGCAUUCUGGGACGUGUGUCAGGGCGGGAGCCGAGACCCGGAUGGCUCUUUGCCCGCCCCCCUCGCGCGUUCCACUCUCGCUCGGCGUUUGCUCUUUUUCUUUCUCCUUGGACGCUCAGCCAAGGGAUUGCGCAAGCUUCCUGCUCCCGGUCCUUCAGGGGCCAGGAGCGGGGGGCCCAGACACGCCCCAGGGCGAGCGCGCCCGGCCCCUCCUGCACCCUCUCCGGGUCCCCUCCGCCCUCGCCGCGACCCCAGCGAGCUCGCGGCCCCGCGGGCGGCGCCCUCGGGAGGCGGCGUGGAGCGCAGCAGCUCCCCCAGCCGGACGCCGGAGCCGCACGCCGAACGCGCCGUCUCGCCGCCGGAGCCUCGAUGUGCCCCUGCUCAGCCUGAACGUCUCGGCCCUCCCCACUCCCGCCCGAUGCCGGGACCCCACCGAGUCCCCUCGGUCCCCCAGGCAGAUCCGGACAUGCCCUGCGCCCCCUCUGCAGUCGCCCCCUCUCGUCCAGCUUGGCCAUGGGGCUGGGGCUAGCGCGGUCGCUGCUGGAAACAAGGCAGCCCGGCCCUGCCCCACCAAGGAGAGUGCCGGGGGGCAAACUGGGAGCCGGCGGGGACCUGGGGUGGGCUCGGCCUCGGAGCCCCCUUCCGCAGGGGUCCCCGGGCGGCGCACACCGAGAAGGAGAGGCGCAGGGGCAGGCCCAGGCGCCGCGCUGCAGGCGAGGGGUCGCCGCCGAGACCCUCCCGGCCGUGUCAAGCUCCCCACCCGCCCUGCGCCCCGCGGCCGACACACCUCUCCCGCCGGGUCCCGCUCCCUCCCUCUCCCGGGCCCGCGGAUCCCUCCCCCUGCACCUCCCCGGCGCCCUCCUCCUCCGGCCCCCCUCCCGCGUCCUUCCUUCUCCCCCCCGCCGCCCAGGCCCGGGGCCUCCGGUAGGCCCGGCUGCGCCAAUCCCGGCCGCGGCCCGCCCCCUGACGCCGAGCUGGGCCCGGCGAGGCCCCGCCCGCUGACGUCCGGAUUUGCAUGA